AAAGAAGUCCACUCGUCGUCUUCAGUCACGGUGUGCAGCAGAGAGAGAACAGCAACAAGAUACCACAUUCUUCUCCGGUUAAAGGACCUGAUUCUUUCACGGGACGCACACUGUCACAGUGUUUGCCAGCUCUAUUCAGCACAACUGUAGAGACCCUGGACCUGUGUUCUACACACUGUUUCAGCAUCAACCUGCAGGGAGAAGAUGAUCUCCAGGUUCCUGCUGCUCAUGGCGCUGAGCUGCUGUGUCUGUGGAACAUUAGUAGUGAACGUGGCUCACACCUCCUAUCAGGCAGAGGAGAACCAGGACGUCACACUGGAGUGGACCUUCACACCCAAACCUGACAACUUAACACAACAUCUCUAUGUCCUCUGUGACAUGUACAAUGAUCACAAUCACUCAGUCCUGUUUGAGUUUAAAGAAGGAGUCGAGGUCUCAGAGUCUCAGGAUGAAGAGUUUUCAGGACGAGUCCAGUGUGACAAAGACGUCCUCAGAGAGGGACGAAUCAGACUUCAUGUGUCCUCACUCAGGACUGUUGACUCAGGCUGGUACAGGUGUGAAGUGCUCACUAACUCUGGUUCCAGCUGGGCCCGAUGUAAUCUCACUGUGACUGCAGCUGUUCAUGAGCCUGAAGAUCAGAGACCAACAGAGGGACCAGAACCAGAAGAUCAGAGCCGGGGAAGGAUCGGCCUCUACGUUGUACUGGCAGUAUCAGCUGUUCUCUGUGUUGGUAUUUUCAUCUUUCGCUCUGCAUUUUGCAGAAAACAUUUGAACAGAGUCCAGUCGCUGUUUAAGAAAGGGGACCGCUCAGCAGAUAAUCAGAGGACACAUGAUCCUGUUCAGGUUUGUUAGUGGUCUGUGUGUGUAGAUGUGUAAACAUGUUUCGAGCUCUUCAGGGAUAAUGUAUAGUGAACAGGUGAGAGGAUGAGCAGGAGGCCUCGUCCUCACCUUGUUGGGAUUCUAACCCCUUGUUCAUCACACAUCCUCCUGAUAAUUACCUGGAGAGAUUUUCAAGACGGAAACAAACUGACUCAAAGUAUUGAUUCAGGAGGAUUUCACUGAUUUAAAAAAUAUUCAUUUAUAACGCUAAAAAAAUACUUCCUCAGAUUUAACGGUCGUUGAUGUUUCCAGGGCAACGUGUUCUUAUUAGCUUCCUUGUUGUUGUUCAGAGCUAAUUACACAGUGAUGGGCUUUGACCAAUCAGAAUGAAGUAUUUAACACAGCUUGGUAAUACAACCAGGUUAAUUAUUCUAUGUAUCUGAAGGAAUGUAUUAUUGUUGCUUUAUCUAGUAAUGUGAAUUUCACUAUUGACUGAAUAUUUUGCACUACGUUUUUAACAUUUCAUUUUUCACAACACUAAUGUGAAAUACUUUAUUCAGUUUGUGAACAGUUUUUAUUUGUAUGCACUAUGAUUGGAUGUUGCUGGAAGUAUGAUCAGUUUAUAUACAGUCUACUUGAAUUUUUUAAACGUUUUGAUUUUGAAUUCACUUUAUCAUUUAUUCAUUUUGUUUUUGUUUUAUAAGUAAGUGCUCAGAUGGUCAUUGUUUGUCCAGUAGGGGGCGCUCAGACUGUGAGUGAAUGUAAGUAUGUAGACAUGUUCAGUCAGCCUUGUUGUAGCCAUGAUAUUUAUUUGACCUGUGUGUAUUUUUCCUCAUGUUACAUUAUUUGAAAGUGUCACUUUACACAUUACGGGUUCUCAGUCUGAGGUGAGCUGUCACUUUAUGUAGCAUGUUCAGAAUAUGACUGACGUUCAGACUGUGAUUUUUGGGGCAGAUUGACCCCCAUAUGUUUGAGGUACAAACAUGUCAAGUAUUUCCAGGUCGGCCUUGUUGUAGUCAUGGUGUGUGUUUGACCUGUGUGUAUUUUUCCUCAUGUUACAUUAUUUGAAAAUGUCACUUUACACAUUACGGGUUCUCACUCUGAGGUGAGCUGUCACUUUAUGUAGACCUGUUCAGACUGUGUGUCUGGAGGCGGAGCAGAGACUCUGUGGAUCUGAUUGUUUGCUGCUGCUGGUUUUCUUCAUGUUGACUUUUGUCUGUUUAUUUUUAUCAGUUUUUAAUAAAGAGAAAGUUUAAACUC